UGCUAUUGCCUGAAAUUAGUGAAAAAAUAUCUAAAAGAAUCAAUGAAAUAAGUGACAUAUUAGAUAUAAAGGAAGCUAAACAUAUUAUUAAAUCUUGGUAUAAUAAUAAUGAAUUAUUUUCUGAUGACUUUGAUAUGGCAGUUUUUGGUUUAAAGUCCUGCUAUUGGAAUUUUAACCAUACAGAAGAACAUAUAAGUAGCAUGUUAAUAUUUGAAAUAUUUUUUAAUCUAUUUUAUGACAAGAACUAUACCAUAGAAGCCCAGAA